GACACAAUAAAGUUUAGAUCUGGAGGCUUGCAGGCGCAGACGCAGCCGCUCCACGUCGCGUCGGCGCGCAGGAACCAGAGCUGGAAGGAUGUGGAUGCUUUAAACCAAUAUUUGAUCUUUUUUAAGCAGUUUGGAAAGAUUCUUUUUUAUCUUUUACGCAUGGACCUGAGGAUGUUUCAUAACAGCCUUGUUGGAUUUUUUUAAAGGUGGAAUGUUAUAACUCUUGAUCUGACGGAGCACAUGCGCUCUCUGUCCCGCUGGACUUUACCUGCGCGCUCCCGUUUCCAGGGCGACCCCUCCAGCCUUUGUUGAGACCGUUUCCUCUGAGGGGGUGAUCAUGGUGGGGCUCUCCGCGGGCGCGCUGCUCCUCCUGCUCCGUGCGCUCUGCGCCGUCUACGCGUUCGGGGACGAGAUGGAGGAGAUGACCUGCGACCCGAUCCGGAUCAGCAUGUGCCAGGGGCUCGGCUACAAUGUCACCAAAAUGCCAAACCUGGUGGGGAACAUGCUGCAGUCGGACGCAGAGCUGCAGCUGACCACAUUUAUGCCGCUCAUCCAGUACGGCUGCUCCAGUCAGCUCAAGUUUUUUCUCUGCUCAGUGUACGUCCCCAUGUGCACGGACAAAGUUCCCAUUCCCAUCGGACCGUGUGGGAGCAUGUGUCUGUCUGUCAAGAGGAAAUGCCUCCCGGUUCUGCAUGGGUUUGGCUUUAUGUGGCCCGAGGUUCUGAACUGCAGCCGCUUCCCGCCACAAAACGACCACAACCACAUGUGCAUGGAGGGUCCAGGUGACGAGGACCCGCCCUACCAACCGGUCCACAAUCCCCUCGAUCACGACUGCCAGGCUCUGGAUUCUGCCCCCGACCAGUACACUUGGCUCAAGCAGACAGAAAGCUGCGUUCUGCAGUGUGGCUACGACAACGGCCUCUACCGGCGAGGAGCCAAAGUCUUCACAGAUGCUUGGAUGGCGGUGUGGGCCGUGCUGUGCUUCGUGUCGACCACUUUGACAGUCCUGACGUUCCUGUUGGACUCGCAGCGGUUCUCGUAUCCCGAGAGGCCCAUCAUCUUUCUCUCCAUGUGCUGCAACCUGUACAGCGUGGCCUACCUGGUCCGUCUGACUCUUGGGAGGGAGCGUGUUUCCUGUGACUUGGACGCCGUUGCAGUGCCAGUUCUGGUACAGGAAGGAUUAAAGAGCACCGGCUGUGCCAUAGUCUUCCUCCUGCUUUAUUUCUUCGGCAUGGCCUCCUCCCUUUGGUGGGUGAUCCUGACCCUGACCUGGUUUUUGGCAGCUGGACUAAAGUGGGGGCAUGAGGCCAUCGAGAUGCACAGCUCCUACUUCCACAUCGCUGCGUGGGCCAUCCCGGCCGCCAAGACCAUCGUCAUCCUCAUCAUGAGGUUGGUGGAUGCGGACGACUUGACUGGGCUGUGCUACGUCGGCAACCAGCAGCAAGAGGCGCUCACGGGCUUUGUUGUGGCUCCACUGGCCACAUACCUCCUCAUAGGAACCCUGUUCAUUUGUGCAGGCCUUGUGGCCCUCUUCAAGAUCCGCUCCAAUCUGCAGAAGGACGGCACCAAAACAGACAAGCUGGAGCGCUUGAUGGUGAAGAUCGGCGUGUUUUCUGUACUGUACACGGUGCCGGCCUCCACCGUCAUCGGCUGUUACCUCUACCAGCUCUCUCACUGGGGAGAGUUCAAGACCAGCACCCACGACUCCUACGUGACUUCCGAGAUGCUCCGCAUCUUCAUGUCGCUCCUGGUGGGGAUCACGUCGGGGAUGUGGAUCUGGUCGGCAAAGACCCUCCACACGUGGCAGCGCUGCUCGUCCCGGCUGCUCAGAGAGGGCCACGUCGGGCGAGGUGGCAAGAGCGCGCCGGGAGAGGGCUGGAUCAAACCCAGCAAAGGAAAUGAGACAGUGGUGUGAAAGUGGACUGAAAACCGGUUCUGCAAAUCUUCUUAAAAAUGUACUGUCGAAUGAAGGAUCGAAAAAAUAUAAGGAGAUUGAGGGGGCGGGGUAAAAAUGUGACCCAUAGUGGGACGUUUGGGAUGGAGCCACUGGAUGAAAUGGCAUCACAUGAGCCCUCUGUGCCUCUAAUAGAGGUUGUGAAGGAGAAAAUAAGAUGACUGCGUCAUGCUUCAGCAGCAGCCUCUCUACCUCGCUCUGACUUCCAGAGAGGCCAAGAAAAGGAAAAAAGAGACAGAAAAGGCACAACAGUGGAAUCAAUAUGCAAACGAGAUCCACCGAUAAGCUGUACAGCACCAUCUCUACCUCUCUGUCUCUUUUUUCUCCAGAAUUUUCAGCAGAACAAAUCGAGCUGCUGAACACUGUAAACCUUUAAGCUGUCGUCUUUUUUGUUUUGUUUUUUGAAGUUUGACAUUUUUACACUGGAGCAGAUAUUAUGCAGGUUUGGGCUGAAGUUUCCCAAAACAACCUAGCCUCAGUUUCCAAAUGAAUCAUGACAUCUUGCUUUAUGUCCUCAAAUCUUUUUUAUUUAAUUUAACCACUGAUCUGAUUGUCUUUGAAUUCAUAGUAAAGGUGAUUUUACUGCCUCAAUGUGUUUGGGAAACCAGCUGUAAAGCUGCAAGAAUGCACUAGAAAUGUAUAAUAUCUGACGUGUUGGAAGCGAUAGAAAUAUGCACAACAGAGUUGUCACUGAUGCAGCAGAUAUUUGUAAAAUAUUGUGACACUGCCAGCCUUGAGCAGAACCCGCUGUCUCUUUUGAUGCAGCUGGUAAAUGUAGACUUCCAAUGAUAUCUGCAUUUUAAAUGAAAAUCUUUACAAGCGUAUCAUGAAAUGCAGAAAAUGUAAUUAUCGCCCUUUAUAUCAAACGUUGAAGCCAUGUUUCUGAAAAGGAAGUCGUUGGACAAUCACUUGCCAAAAUAUGCGUAAUGGGAAAAGUCUCGAGCAUGCACAAAAAUAAAGGAAAGAAUGCCGUGUUGGCAUUAAACGUGCUGUGUCGGCUAAAACAUUCGAGGUAUGUUUGGAUUCGAAGGGUCACCCACCAGCUGUCUAGUUUUUUUAUCCACCAACUCGAUCUCCGACUGCUGUGUCAGAAAUGAUGAGGAGAGGGAAAAAGGACAUGAAGAUCCCCGUCAAAGGUUUCUUUCUCUCUGGGUCACGAAGGGACAGCUGCCGCCCGUCUCCUAUGCAGUAUGCGAACGCCUUCAUGCACCUUAAGGCUUCCGUUCCCAGACAUACCAGGUUCUCCGUGCUUCACAUUUGCGUGUAUUUUUAAACUUAGGUCAAGUAUUUUCAACUGAAAGAUUCAAACAGCUCCUGUGUGUUUGCCUGACAAUCCUUUUUGUUGAGUCUUUCUAUGUGUCUUAAAGUGAUGGUUGUCCCUUUUGCAUUUCAGCGGGCGGCGAUAGAGCUUAAAAAACUUGAAUCCGCCUGUUACCAGAUAGUGCCUCGCCUGUGACUUCAACCUUUGCUUAAUGCUUUGAGUCCAUCUGGAGAUGACGGCUCCAGUGAAACCACAAGCCCAGGUUUUACCACAACAAUUAUCACUUAAAGCAAACCGAAUUAUUUUAGUUUCCGUCUUAAACUGUCUUAAUGUGCAUCUCUCUUCCUGUGACCAUGCUGAGCUCCUGGUAACUUUUCCAAACAAUCACAGAAUGUGCCUUGAAAGACAGCGAGUGUGUACCACUCAACCACCGGCAGCACAGAUUUAAAAAAAAACUUUUUUUUUUUUUUAACUCCAGAAAUAAAUCAAUGCUGAGAAUAUUUCCUCAGCACAGAUUGUAGCUUUGAAGGUUUGAAACACUCCCUUGUAUAGAUCGCUCAUUGUCUUUACAGUGUCCUGUGUGUAUUAAUUUAUCUUUGUAAAAAGAAGUGAUGAAUGUUCAAAAGCCUGUUUAUUUAAAAAAAACUUUUUUGUAUCAGAAGAGGAUGAAUAAAACCUUUUUGGUUUUCAA